GAGAAUGAAGUAACCUUUGACAACCUUUGAUGUGUGCUCUCUUCUGUUUAUCAUGUGUUUCUGUUUAUGUGUUAAUAUUAAUUUUUGUAAACACCCUGGACAGACAGCGGCAUGAAACAUUCCAUGUAUUUAUGACAGAUGUCCAUUGAUUUUUUUUAAUUUAUUUUUUCAUUUUUGGAAGAAUUUUUACGAGUUACAGUGAUGUGUUUCAUUAGCGACCUAUCCAGGUCACAGGAAUAUCUAAGCUUUAGAAGUAGUAUUCCACUACGUAAAAUCAUUGUAGACAACAAUACUUCAAAGGUUUGGAAGAUAUACGAUUCAGGACCAAAGUCUGUGAAAACACCUCUCAUCUGCCUACCUCCUGUCAGUGGCACUGCAGAUGUGUUUUAUAAACAAGUUCUUUCUCUACAUGCCAAAGGAAUUCGUGUGAUAGCGGCUGAACAUCCAGUGUAUUGGACAACUGCAGAGUGGUGUGAAGGAUUUCGAAAAUUACUUGAUUAUCUAGGUCUGCCUAAAGUGCAUAUUUUUGGAACUUCUUUAGGUGGCUUUUUGGCACAAAAAUUUGCAGAAUCUACAUUCAGCUGUCCAAGAGUAGCUUCCCUAGUAUUGUGCAAUGCCUUUGCUGAUACUUCUAUCUUCAGUUAUACAGAUUCAUCUUCCAUUUUUUGGAUGUUGCCUUGUCUCGUCUUAAAAAAAAUGGUUAUGGGGAAUUUGUCUACUAACAAACAUGACCCAGCCAUAAAUGAAGCUGUUGACUUUAUGAUAGAGAGGCUGGAAAGUUUAUCCCAACAGGAUCUUGCAUCUCGUCUCACAGUGAAUUGUGCAAGUUCAUAUGUGGAGCCUCAGAAGUUUAGUGACUGCCCAGUGACAGUGAUGGAUGUCUUUGAUGAAUAUGCUCUUGCUCAACCUGUGAGGGAAGAAAUGUAUAAAUUGUAUCCUGAUGCAAAACUUGCUCAUUUGAAGAGCGGAGGAAAUUUUCCAUAUCUUAGCCGUGGUGAUGAAGUAAAUCUCCACUUACAAAUACACCUGAGAAAUUUCAAAGGCUCACCAUUAUCACCAUUUGAUGAAUAGUUCCCAUCAUUACAGUACACCAUAUCCCAAUGUACUGAAAGAUUUGAGUCUAUAUGACAUUUUAUAAAAUUUGUCUUUAUAAACUUGUAGGUCAAUGAACCUUGAGUAUACAUAACUGCUACAGUUCACAUUGUGAUAAUAGGUGAUGGAUAAUCACAAGGGGUGUGACAUCACUUUAUGCAUUUAAGAAACGUAGAUAAUUAUUCAUGCAAGGGAAUUCCGUAUGUUGAUUUUAAUAAAUAAUAUAAAUAUACUUUUUAUUGUAAGAGCAAUGAACAAUCACACUACAGAAUGUCAAGACUCACAGGCUGAGUUCCAUGUUGUUGAAAAUCACCAAAGGUUUGCUGAAGUUACUGUUAUCACUUCACAAGUUAAAUUUUAAUCUGGUCGUAAUGCAUGGCUGUGGUUCAUAGUUUUGUAUAUAGAUCAUGGAAUAGAUGUUUCCGUUCCUGAGAAAACUUUGAGGUACUUUUGUAUGUAGAAAAAUGUAUAUAAUUAAAGAGGUUUAGUUAAGAAAUGGAAUAGUGUAAUGAAAAUACUGGAAUUUCAUAUGACAAUCUGUUUUGUGUUUCUUGUUCAUAGUAUUUGAACAUACACCACUGUCUUUUGCUUGGUAUAUGCACUUGUUAAACAAUUUGCCCACAAUAAUGUUAUAUAAAUGGGGAUCAAGCUAAUGGGGAGGAGUGUCUCAAACACUACUUAUGUGUUUUCUCACUGUGAUCAUAAUUUCAAAUGAUGUUAUGGCUCAACUGCUGUACUUCAUGACUUGUUAUUUUAUAUUAAUUAUUCCAUAUUUUAUAAUAGGGGCACAAGAAAUACACUGAACUGAAUGUUUGCUGUGAAUAACUAUUUUGAUUUUUUUUUUCUUGGAAAGCACCAACAGGCCUGACAUGUACCUAAUUUAAUUUGAGAGUUUGUGCAAGUCAGUUGGAAUUGUUAAAUGAAUACACAUUUUUCAAGUGAAAAGAUAUUUUUACAAGAUGAUGUUAUGUACUUUUUUCGUUUAUGUUUUUCUUGUGCAAUCAAAUACACAUGUUUUCUUUGUGUACUAGUCUCGCAUACUUUCAUGGUUUUUGUAUUAUUAUAUAUAAUUAUUAUAUAUCAGAUUUUUCAUAUAAUUAAUACAUCAUGAUUCUUCUGAAGAAGGAAAUAAUUUGCAAAAGCCAGUAUGUGUAUCAUUUGAACAAAGAUUUUUGAAAACAAUUAUUGAAAUUAAAUUCGGUGAAUACAAUUAUAAUUUUGUUUUCAUUUUGUUUCAAUGGUCAAUUGUAUGUAUAUGCAGUUAGUCUUAAGUUUUGUAUGAUAAUGGGAGUAAAAGGAGGAGCAAGUUCAUUGACCAGGUUUUGAUUGUUUCUUAUUUUGCCUUCAGAAAGAGUUGCCUGAAUUGUUUUUUAGACACUGGGCCUUUACCUGCUGUCAAAGUUAAAUGCAGUAGAGUCAAUGAAAUUGAAAGUAUGAAUUAAUUAAUAUAUUCAACUCUGGUUUUGCAUAUGUUAUUAAUAAACUUCAUUUUUAUAAAUAAAUACAACUUUAAAUUGUAAAA